CUAUUCCCACUCAACUCCAAGUUUUCUCCUUUUAAGAAACAAUUAUUACACCAUUCAAACACAACGUGAAAGGGUUUAUUGUAUUUUUGUAUAUUCAGAUUGUUUAGUGAUCAAGAUUUGCUAUGGCUACUAGUGAUUAUGGGCUAAUGAUUGGCAUGAUGAUAGUCAUCUCAUUGGCUUCAUUUGUUUCUGCAGAUCCUGAAUUGCUUCAAGAUGUUUGUGUUGCAGAUCUUGCUUCAGAUGUGAAGUCGAAUGGAUUCGCUUGCAAAAUCAACAUCUCAGCGGCUGAUUUCUUCUUUGUCGGAUUAGCGAAGCCAGGGCUCACCAACAACACCUUUGGUGCAACUGUUACAUCAGCCUCAGUCCAACAAAUCAUGGGGCUAAACACGUUGGGCGUGUCCAUGGCCCGUAUUGAUUACGCACCAGGCGGUGUGAACUCACCACACAUCCACCCAAGAGCCACUGAGAUUGUGUUUGUGCUUGAAGGCGAAUUAGAUGUUGGAUUCAUCACCACCGAAAAUAAACUCUUCUCAAAGCACAUCAAAAAAGGAGAAAUCUUCACAUUCCCAAGAGGCCUAAUUCACUUCCAGAUAAACAACGGUAAUGUUCAUGCUGCUGUUAUUGCUAGCUUCAACAGCCAGUUGCCAGGCACCCAACGGGUGGCAAAUGCCGUGUUUGUCUCGUCUCCGACAGUACAAGAUAUCGUGUUGGCUAAAACAUUCCAGGUUGGAACAAAAGAGGUGGAGAAAAUUAAGUCUAGACUUGCUCAUGAGGCCACAUGUUCUACCAAUAACUCAUAUCUCAUCACUCCCUGUCACUUUAGCGCAACAUCACCACCUCCUUCAUCAUUCACCUCCAUCAUUCAAACCAUGAUAUACUCAUCACUCGUCAUUCACUAUUUUUUAUACAAUUAAAUAUUCUUAGUUUUAAUUAAACUUUUAGCAACUAAAUAAAAAUAACAUAUAUAUUAGAUUUAAUGAAAAUUUUUCAUUAAUAUUUGAAAAGAAACUAUACAUACUAUUACAAAAAUAAUAACACUAAAAACCAUUUUUUGGCAAUUUUGCUCUCAACAUUAGGGCUACUCAAGUUCUUUUUUCAUAAGAUGGUCAGUUUGUUAGUUAUAAUUUUAAAAAUCAUCUAUCACGGCCACUUCUUGGUUUAUUUUCUAUAUCAACCACAUUUUCUGAAUUUCUAUCUUAGUCUCUUCAUGGCUUAUUUGAUCAUUCAACCGAACGUUUUCAGUUAAAAAAAUAUGUAUAUAAUCAAAUAUAAUGUUUCUUAGGAUCCUCUAAAACAUCAACCCAAAUGCUAGCGAAAGCCUCUUCCUCAAUCGAGAUCCAUGAUAUACUAAAUGCCUUACCCGAUGAUUCGUCUCCUUCCUUUUCUUCGAGGGCUCCGGUUGGGUUACGAGAACAAAUUAGGGUUCAACUUGGUGGGUUUUGAGAAUGAACUUGGGUUGACUUGUUAGGAUUGUUGGUGUUGGUGAGAUUGUUGGAAUUGUUUGAAAGCAUUCGUGAUUUCUUUCCAGUCAGCAAAUGAUAACACCUGUGGAAAGACUUGUUAGGAUUGUUGGUGUUAGUGAGAUUGUUGGAAUUGUUUGAAAGCAUUCGUGAUUUAUUUCCACUCAGCAAAUGAUAACGCCUGUGGAAAAGGUGGGUUUUGGGAAUGAAGUUGGGUUGACUUGUUAGGAUUGUUAGUGUUGGUGAGAUUGUUGGAAUUUUUUGAAAGCAUUCAUUUUUGUCAGCAAAUGAUAACGCCUUUGGAAAAGGUGGGUUUAGGGAAUGAAGUUGGGUUGACUUGCUAGGAUUGUUGGUUUUGGUGAGAUUGUUGGAAUUGUUUGAAAGCAUUCGUGGUUUCUUUCCAGUCAGCAAAUGAUAACGCCUGUGGAAAACGUGGGUUUUUGGAAUGAAGUUGGGUUGACUUGUUAGGAUUGUUGGUGUUGGUGAGAUUGUUGGAAUUGUUUGAAAGCAUUCGUGUUUUUUUUCCUGUCAGCAAAUGAUAACGCCUGUGGAAAAAAGCAUAGGAUCGAAAUGUGGGUGGCCCCUUUGUGAGUGAGUGGCAUUUUAGAGUUACUUGGAUUGUAUGGAUUCACUUUAUUGAAAAGGUACCGAUAAUUUGUGAUAAAGUUAAAAUGCAAAAGAUAAUUGUUGUGGUUAUUUUGAUUUAGGUUUUUUUUUUCUCAAACUAGUUUUGUUGGAAAAACUAUUUAUUUUGUUUUGAAAUUCAAAGAUAAUAUCUAGAGUUAAAUGCCCG